CCCGCGCAAAGAGGAUUGUGCUCCACGUAACAACUUGCUUUGUCUGAGGUUGGGGUCUACGUGGUACUGCAGGGCGUCUCCUCGCGCAAUCGACAUGCUGGGCUCUCGAAUGUCGGCAUAAAUCCAAUGACGGACAACCAUCCCUCUCCCGAUUACUCCCGCCCACAGUUUCCUGCCCAUCAUGAGCCACGGGUAUGGGUGAUUACGGCUGGAGAUUCGCCAAUCGGGAUAUCGGUCAUUCGCCAGAUUCUCAAGCAUGGUGACUGCGCUCUGGUCGGACGGACGUAUUCUGAUUCAGAUCGAGAUGAAUGCCGUCGCGAUGGGUUCGAUGCUUUCCUGGCUGAGGUCGAAAGCCACAGCGACGAGGGUUGGGGACAGCGAUUCAUGGCUGUUCCCUUAGAUAUAAGAAUGGUCGGUGAAUGUCAAGCAGUCGUCGCGCAAGCGGUUGCGACAUUCGGCAAAGUGGAUAUUCUCCUUUGCUGUACAAGUCAAGCCCUCGUUGGUACGGUGGAAGAGCUAGCGGCUUCCCAGCAAACCCUGAACUUGGUUCGGGACCAAUUCGAGAUAAACUACUUCGGCCCCUUGAACAUUAUCAAGGCAACACUCCCUCAUAUGCGUCGACAGAAGUCAGGGCACAUCAUGAUCCUUUCUGGUAUAACUGCUCACAUCGGCACGCCGGGGCUGGGAAUGUACUGCGCUGCAGGCUGGGCUCUCGAGGGCUUCUGCGAUAGCCUUGCGUACGAGAUAGCCCCUUUCAAUGUCAAACUCACAAUUUUCCAGUGCAGCAUCGAAAUCGGGAUCCUCACCAAUUUGGUAACCAGCGUACCUCCAAUCGCACCAGUAUAUUCUUCUACAGUCAACCAUGCACCGCUGUUUCGCGGAAUUCUAAACCGUCUAGUUUCCCGCUUGCCUAACCAUGAUUCUCGAAACGCCGGGGCGUCGAACGGCUCGAGUAGCGCCAACCGAGGCAAUCCUGUCGAAGAUGGCCCAUUCUCUGCAUCUGAAGUUAUCUCAACGUACCCUCCGCUCAGUUCUGCGCACAUGGAAGUGUUGGUCACCGAGACUGUGUACGCUAUUACGGCAAUCGGUGGUCAUGAAAACCCUCCCUCCCGACACAUUGUGGGCCAGGAAGGUGUCGCUAGUGUGAAAGAGAAGUUAAAGACUGUUAGCGAGGAGUUAGAGGACUUCAUUCAGUCAAGCUUCGCUGUUGAUUAUGCGGCUGAUGAUGCGAGCCGACUGCCUAAGGAUGACGGCAUGAGCACUGGUCAUGAUGCAGCCUGAGAUCACUUAGUAAUGGUGCAAAGGAGAACACGUCGACGUAUUCUCGGCUACCAACCGAUCUUUCUAAUUGGAGCUAUUCUAAACCUCAAACCAGUCCAAGAACAGAACAUGUUUGUUUGGAUUUCAUCAUCUCAGUCAGCACGACACUGGUCGGUUAGGCAGUUGUCCUCGACUUAUUCUCGCGCACAAACCAGGCCUGCCUGAGCUC